AUGGACGUUCGCGACAUGGCAUACCGUUACUUAACCCAACUAAACCACACUUCCGCCACUCAAACCAUCGCACGUGCUGUCCAUGCACACAUCCUCACCUCCGGUUUCAAACCAAACACUUUCAUCCUCAACCGUCUCAUCAACUUCUACUGCAAAUCCUCCAACAUCACUUAUGCUCGCAAACUGUUUGAUAAAAUUCCUAAACCAGAUAUAGUCGCACGAACCACCCUUCUCUCCGCAUAUUCAUCCUCCGGUGAUGUCAAACUCGCUCGACAACUCUUCAACGCCAUUCCACUCACUAUUCGUGAUACUGUCAGUUACAAUGCCAUGAUCACUGCCUACUCUCACGGUAAUGAUGGCCACGCUGCACUCAAUCUCUUUGUUCAAAUGAGAAGACAGGGCUUUUUACCUGAUCCUUUUACGUUCUCCAGUGUGCUUUCUGCCCUCUCCAUCAUAGCAGACGAGGAGUGGCAUUGUCAAAUGCUACAUUGUGAGGCUAUCAAAUGGGGGACAUUGUCGAUACCUUCUGUUUUGAAUGCGCUUUUGAGUUGCUAUGUUUGUUGCGCUUCUUCUCCCUUGGUCAAAUCAUCUCAGUUGAUGGCUUCUGCUAAGAAGGUUUUUGAUGAGGCUCCUAAGAAUCAGGUGUAUGAACCUUCAUGGACUACCAUGAUUGCUGGUUAUGUGAGGAAUGAUGAUCUCGCUGCAGCGCGUGAGCUUCUUGAUGGAAUGACUUACCCUAUUGAUGUUGCUUGGAAUGCCAUGAUUUCUGGUUAUGUUCGACGUGGUUUAUACGAAGAGGCAUUUGACACGUUCAGGAGAAUGCAUUCAAUGGGAAUGCAGGAGGAUGAGUAUACUUACACCAGUUUGAUUAGUGCUUGUGCAUCUUGUAAUGUGAGGAGGGGGAUGUUUAAUUAUGGAAGACAGGUGCAUGGUUAUAUUCUCAGGACAGUGGUGGAACCAUCACAGCAUUUUGUUUUGUCUGUUAGCAAUGCUUUGAUUACUUUCUACACUAAGUACGGUAGAAUGGUGGAGGCGAGGCGAGUCUUUGAUAGAAUGCCAGCGAGAGAUAUUGUUUCCUGGAAUGCUGUUUUGUCAGGGUAUGUCAAUGCACGACGCAUUGAGGAAGCUAAUUCUAUUUUCAGGGAGAUGCCAGAGAGGAACGUGCUGACUUGGACAGUGAUGAUAUCUGGUUUGGCGCAAAAUGGUUUUGGAGAAGAAGGUUUGAAGCUGUUCAACCAGAUGAAGUCAGAGGGACUAGAACCCUGUGAUUAUGCUUACGCUGGGGCGAUUACAUCUUGUGCUGUUCUUGGGUCGUUGGACAAUGGGCAACAAAUUCAUUCUCAGGUAAUUCGAUUGGGUCAUGAUUCAGGCCUCUCCGCCGGCAAUGCACUGAUUACCAUGUAUGCGAGGUGUGGUGUUGUUGAAUCUGCUGAAUCUGUGUUUCUCACAAUGCCUUAUGUGGAUUCAGUAUCUUGGAACGCCAUGAUUGCAGCUCUUGCACAACAUGGACAUGGUGUCCAAGCCAUUGAGCUUUUUGAACAGAUGUUGAAGGAGGAUAUUUUGCCUGAUAGAAUAACUUUCCUCACAAUUCUUACUGCUUGCAACCAUGCAGGCUUGGUCAAAGAGGCACACCAUUAUUUUGAUACAAUGUGCACUCGUUACAGUAUAACCCCAGGAGAGGAUCAUUAUGCCCGUUUGAUAGAUUUGUUAUGUCGUGCGGGUAUGUUCUCAGAAGCAAAGAGUGUAAUCAAAGCAAUGCCUUUCGAGCCCGGUGCGCCAAUUUGGGAAGCUUUUCUUGCUGGUUGCCGGAUCCACGGGAACAUGGAAUUGGGCAUUCAAGCUGCUGACCAACUCCUUGAGCUUAUUCCACAGCAAGAUGGAACCUACAUAAUCCUUUCCAAUAUGUAUGCUGCUUUAGGUCAGUGGGACGAAGUGGCCAGGGUGAGGUUACUGAUGAGGGAACGGGGAGUGAAAAAGGAACCUGGUUGUAGUUGGGUUGAGGUCGAAAACAUGGUCCAUGUCUUUUUGGCUGAUGAUGCUAGGCACCCUGAGGUACAAGCGGUGUACACAUAUCUGGAGCAACUGGUACAUGAAAUGAGGAAAUUGGGGUAUAUUCCUGAUACAAAGUUUGUACUGCAUGAUAUGGAAUCUGAGCACAAAGAACAUGCCUUGUCUACCCACAGUGAAAAGCUGGCUGUUGUAUACGGAAUUAUGAAGCUUCCUUUAGGAGCUACAAUUCGUGUUUUCAAAAAUUUGAGAAUAUGUGGAGACUGUCACAAUGCAUUCAAAUUUAUUUCCAAAGUAGUGGCAAGAGAGAUAGUUGUGAGAGAUAGGAAGAGGUUUCAUCAUUUUAAAAAUGGAGAAUGUUCUUGCGGCAACUACUGGUAG